AUGGGUCUGGGUUGGGAUGCUGGCUGUGAUGUCGAUGGCAGUGUUGCCCUCUUCAACAAGAAUCGCAAGGCUGUGGAAGCCGUCUGGUGGAACAACCUAAAGAGUAGCAAUGGUGCUGUGCAGCACUCAGGCGAUGACAGGACAGGAGAGGGGGCUGGCGACGAUGAGGUCAUUAAUGUGGACUUAGACAAGCUUCCAUUGGAUAUACACUACCUUGUUUUCAAUGUCUGUGUCUUCACUGGCGGGAUGAGUUUUGCACAGGUACGUUCAGCCUAUGUGCGGAUGGUCAGUGCCAAUCCCAGCCACAAGAACCACGAGAUGGCUCGCUACAACUUGACUGGCCUCCAGGGCACCGCGAUGCUGCUCGGCAUGCUGACUCGACAGGGCGCCUAUUGGACUUUCACUGCCCUUGGGACCCCCGCUACUGGCCGCACCAUCCAGGAGGUCAUUAAGGACACUGCAGCUAUGAGUGCGAUUCUGUCCCUGUGCCCAUCACGUGACCCUGGCGUUCGCCAUAUCACGCUGAGGGUGUUGAAGGGGAGGAAUCUUGUGGCCAAGGAUCGUGGCGGCCUCUUCAAGAAGAAGAGCACAUCGGAUCCGUUUGUGAAGAUCAAAUAUAAGCGUUUGAAGCUCCAGUCUGAUGUCAUUCCCAAGACCUUGGACCCUGUGUGGACCACCCUCAAGCCAUUGGACCUUGGCAACGUUAUGGAGUCCGAAUCGAAAGCUGUGAAGAUGACAGUCUGGGACUACGACAAGUUGUCAGGAAAAGACUUCAUGGGGGCAUUGCGCCUUCCUGCUGCCGCCCUCUAUGCCCGUGGACCGGGCCGCCAUGAGUGGUGGGUCGAACUGACAAGGGGCAAGAAGAGCAAAUACCAGAACAGCAAGGUGUCGGGUGACAUUUUUGUGGAGUGCACCAUUGAGGAUGUGCAUAUCCCUGAGCAGACUGGAAUGCCACCACCUGUGAUGCCACCUCAGGGCCAGGGCUACCCACCUGCGGCUCAGCCAGGGGGUCCCAGCGGCUACCCUCCCGUGCCCCAGGGGCCCCCCGGUGGCUACGCUGCCCCUCCUCAAGGUGGGCCAGGUUAUGGCUACCCUGGGCCGCCCCAAGGAAGGCCUGGUGGAUACCCUGGAUACCCACCUGCUGGUGGAUACCCUCCGCCAGGUGCAUACCCACCUGCUGGUGGAUACCCCGGUGGUUACCCUGGAGCAGCUACUCCACAAGGGCCCUCCGGUGGUUACCAUGGACCCGCUGCUCCCCAAGGGGCCCCCGGUGCUUACUCAACAGCCCACCAGGCAGGUCCUGAUGGCCACCGCAUCGCGGAACCGCAGGGGGCAUCUGGGGGGUACUCUGGAGAGGCACAAGGGGAAUCUGGUGGUAACCCUGCGGCUUCGCAAGCAGGUUAUGCUGGGGCGCCCCCAACUGGUUACCCAACAGGCACCCGAGAUCUUAGCGACCACCCCACAGCAGCCCAGGGCGGCCCUGCUGGCUACCCUGCUCACGGUGGACCUGCGGAGUAUUCCCCUGCACCGCCCGGCCCACGGGGGGGCUACCCACAGUGGUCUCCGCAAUCUCAGGGCAGUCGCUACCCAAGCACACCACCGCAACAGACACCCCAUGCGCCUUACCCAGGCUCUGGCCAGAUGCCGCAACAGGGGUCUGCUCCUGGUGGAUACCCAGGUGUUCCUGCGAGCGUGGGAGCUUCAGCCCCACCCUACCCCCCGUCAAGCUCACCACAGGUGCCAGGGGGAGGUGCAUGGCCGCCUCCUCAUGGUGGAGGUCAGGCAGGGGCUGGUGCCUACCCGGAAUACCCCGGCUACCCUGGCCAUCCAGGUGCUUACUGGAAUCGCCCUUCCGGUGGCGCACAAUGA